AUGACUCUUGCACAAAACAACUACGUGAUACAACUCCCCGUAACCCCCAUAACAAUCGGGACACUAAAUCCCCGCGACAUCGCCCAGCAAUGGCUCACGAACCUGGAGAUCCAGCUGGACAUAUCGCCAGUCUCCCAGCCCAGGCCCAAUCUUUCAGAGCUCUUCCAUAAGGACUCAUGGUGGCGCGACAUGCUAGCUCUAGACUGGGACUUUCAUACAAUCCACACCAUCUCCGAGAUCGAGGAAUACAUCAGCCGGAACCAGCCACGGGCCCGCCUGGCAGCCUUCCGUCUCCAGCACGAGGGCAGGUUCCAGCCUAAGAUCGAGAAGCCGGUUGAAGGGUUACGGUGGAUCUCGUCGAUGUUCUUCUUCGAGAGUCGGGCGGGACGUGGCACGGGUGUGCUGCGUCUGACUCAGGACGAGGCUGGUGUUUGGAAGGCGUACUCGCUCUAUACGAGUUUGCAGGAAUUGAAGGGCUUUGAGGAACUUUUGGGUCUGCGUCGGCCGGAGGGGACCAUCGAGUCGAUGCCGGGGAAUCCAAGUAAGGAGAACUGGCUGGAGAGACGCCUGGGGCAGCUUGAGUUCCAAAACGAGGAGCCUACGGCGCUCCUUGUUGGUGCUGGACAAGCUGGUCUCAAUACAGCCGCUCGGUUGCAAUCACUCGGGAUCUCGUGCCUCAUAGUCGACCGCAACGAGAGAAUCGGUGAUAACUGGCGGAAGCGGUACAGAACCCUUGUGACGCACGACCCAGUAGAGUUCACACACAUGGCCUACCUCCCCUUCCCGCGGAACUGGCCCCAGUUCACCCCCAAGGAUAAACUCGCAGAUUGGUUCGAAGCCUACGCCAGCAUCAUGGAGCUGAACGUAUGGCUCAAGACGAGCGUCAAGUCGGCCGAAUACGAUGACUCGAAGGCCCAGUGGACCGUCACUGUCGUCCGCGGCGAUACCGGUUCGGAGCGAGUCCUCCAUCCCCGGCACAUCCCCAAGGUUCCCACUUUCCCGGACCAGACGCAGUUUAAGGGAUCGGUGUAUCAUGGUAGUCAGCACCACGAUGCAUCCGACUAUGACGUGAUGGGAAAGAAGGUGGUUGUUGUGGGGACCGGAAACAGCGGCCAUGACAUCGCGCAGAACUUCUACGAGAACGGAGCGGACGUGACCAUGCUACAGCGCAGCGGGACGUAUGUCAUCACAGCGGCCAAGGGGGUGUUGAUGCAGCACGAAGGGCUGCACGAGGAGAAUGGACCGCCCACUGAAGAAGCAGACAUCAUCUCCGAAUCACUCCCGUACCCGGUAAAGUUUGCUCUAGACGUGCACUUCACGAAACGCGCCUAUGAAGCCGAAAAAGACAUCCUAGACGGCCUCAAGGCUGCCGGCUUCGAGCUCGACUUUGGCGUUGACGGGGCGGGUAUCUCCCGCGCGUACAUGACCCGUGGUGGAGGGUAUUACAUAGACGUCGGCUGCAGCCAGCUCAUUGCCGAUGGCAAGAUUAACAUCAAGAGGAGUCAAGAGGGGAUAGCGGGGUUCAACGACCGUGGGCUGCUCCUGAAAGACGGGAGCGCACUAGACGCGGAUAUCGUGGUGUUGGCGACGGGAUACGAUAACAUGCGAACCACUGUGCGCAAGGUAUUGGGCGAUCGAGUCGCAGAUAGGUGCAGGGACGUCUGGGACUUGGAUGCGGAGGGUGAGAUCAAUGCAAUGUGGCGCCCAAGUGGCCAUCCCGGAUUCUGGUUCAUGGGUGGAAACUUGGCCCUAUGCCGGGUUUAUUCCAAGUUCCUUGCGCUGCAGAUCAAAGCCAUUGAGGCCGGUCUGGCGUCACAGAACACAGUCUUUGCCAAGCUGUGA